CGCGCAUGCGCCUACCCUGUUCCCAUAGCAACCCGCCAGCCAAGGGUACGUGGGGGAGGGACCACCCGUGUGCUGGUAGGUCACGCACAUCCCUCUUCUUCACCAAGAUGGCGGCCGGCCCCUCGGCCUCGUACCCAGCAUAGGCUUCGCUGCGGGCCUACUAGAGCAAAAGCUGGCAGGCUGACAAACAGGCAGCUUACAGGACGGACUCUCUGGCUACUGACCAUUUAGCUGUGGCAUAACCGGAUUGUGUGUGGGUGGGAAGUCGACAAUGAGCUCCGUGGCAGUUUUGACCCAGGAGAGCUUCGCUGAACACCGCAGCGGCCUGACUCAGCAGCAGGUGAAAGUUACAGCUUUAAACUCUGAAGAAGAGAAUGAUCCUCCAACCUACAAAGAAGCCUUCCCUCCGCUCCCCGAGAAAGCACCAUGUUUGGAAGCUGCCCAGGAACCUGCUGGGCCCUGGAGCAAAAUCCGACCAAUAAAGGCUUCUGUCAUCACUCAGGUGUUUCAUGUGCCACUGGAGGAGAGGAAAUACAAGGACAUGAAUCAGUUCGGAGAAGGCGAGCAGGCCAAGAUCUGCCUCGACAUAAUGCAGAAGACAGGAGCUCACCUGGAGCUGUCUCUCGCAAAGGACCAGGGCCUUUCCAUCAUGGUCUCUGGCAAGCUCGAAGCGGUCAUGAAGGCUCGGAAGGAGAUUGUCGCUCGGCUGCAGACUCAGGCUUCAGCGACGGUUGCCAUCCCCAAGGAACACCACCGUUUUGUCAUUGGAAAGAAUGGCGAGAAACUGCAGGACCUGGAGCUCAAAACUGCAACCAAAAUCCAGAUUCCCCGCCCAGAUGACUCCAGCAACCAGAUCAAGAUCACCGGCACUAAGGAAGGGAUUGAGAAGGCCCGGCACGAGAUCCUGCUUAUCUCUGCUGAGCAGGAUAAGCGUGCUGUGGAGCGGCUGGAUGUGGAGAAAGUGUACCACCCCUUCAUUGCUGGCCCUUACAACAAGCUGGUGAGUGAGCUCAUGCAGGACACAGGGACGCGCAUCAACAUCCCUCCACCUAGUGUCAACAAAACAGAGAUAGUCUUCACAGGAGAAAAGGAGCAGCUAGCCCAGGCUGUGGCUCGUGUUAAGAAGAUCUAUGAGGAAAAGAAAAAGAAGACUACUACCAUUGCAGUGGAGGUGAAGAAGUCCCAACAUAAGUAUGUCAUCGGCCCCAAGGGGAAUUCCCUGCAGGAGAUCCUGGAGAAAACUGGAGUCUCUGUUGAGAUCCCACCCACUGACAGUAGCUCGGAGACGGUGAUACUGCGAGGCGAGCCUGAAAAGCUUGGGCAAGCAUUGACUGAAGUCUAUGCAAAGGCUAACAGUUUUACCGUCUCCUCGGUCUCUGCCCCCUCUUGGCUUCAUCGUUUCAUUAUUGGAAAGAAAGGACAAAACCUGGCCAAAAUAACUCAGCAGAUGCCAAAGGUUCACAUUGAAUUCACUGAAGGAGAGGAUAAAAUCACUUUGGAAGGACCUACAGAAGAUGUAAACGUGGCUCAGGAACAGAUUGAAGUCAUGGUCAAGGAUCUGAUCAACCGGAUGGAUUAUGCGGAAAUCAACGUUGACCACAAAUUUCACCGACACCUCAUUGGCAAGAAUGGAGCUAACAUUAACAGGAUUAAGGACCUCUACAAGGUGUCUGUGCGCAUUCCCCCGGACAAUGAGAAGAGCAACCUGAUCAGAAUUGAAGGAGACCCACAGGGGGUCCAACAGGCCAAGAAAGAGCUGCUGGAACUCGCUUCCCGUAUGGAAAAUGAACGCACCAAGGACCUAAUCAUUGAGCAGAAAUUCCACCGGACCAUCAUUGGGCAGAAGGGCGAGCGGAUCCGGGAAAUCCGGGAGAAAUUCCCAGAGGUUAUCAUCAACUUCCCAGACCCUGCGCACAAGAGUGACAUCGUCCAACUAAGAGGUCCCAAAAAUGAGGUGGAGAAGUGCACCAAGUACAUGCAAAAGAUGGUGGCAGACCUGGUUGAAAACAGCUUUUCAAUUUCUGUCCCCAUCUUCAAACAGUUCCAUAAGAACAUCAUAGGGAAAGGAGGUGCCAACAUCAAGAAGAUUCGUGAAGAAAGCAACACCAAAAUUGAUCUCCCAGCAGAGAACAGCAACUCGGAGACAAUUGUUAUCACAGGCAAGAGAGCAAACUGUGAGGCUGCUCGCCACAGAAUUCUUGCCAUCCAGAAGGAGCUGGCCAACAUCACAGAGGUGGAGGUGUCUAUUCCUUCCAAACUGCACAAUUCCCUCAUUGGCGCCAAAGGCCGCUUCAUCCGCUCCAUCAUGGAGGAAUGUGGUGGAGUCCACAUUCACUUCCCCACUGAGGGCUCUGGCAGUGACACCGUGACCAUCAGGGGCCCAGCCCAAGAUGUGGAGAAAGCCAAGAAACAGCUGAUGCACCUGGCAGAGGAGAAGCAAACAAAGAGUUACACCGUGGACCUCCGUGCAAAGCCAGAGUACCACAAAUUCCUUAUUGGUAAGGGUGGUGGCAACAUCCGUAAGGUGCGGGACAACACUGGAGCCCGCAUCAUCUUCCCAACCUCUGAGGACAAAGAUCAGGAGCUGAUAACUAUCAUGGGAACUGAGGAGGCUGUCAAAGAGGCGCAGAAGGAGUUGGAGGCCCUCAUCAAGAACCUGGAUAAUGUGGUUGAAGACUCCAUGGUGGUUGACCCCAAGCACCACCGCCACUUUGUCAUACGGAGAGGGCAAGUUCUGCGUGAGAUUGCAGAUGAGUAUGGUGGUGUGAUGGUCAGCUUCCCGCGCUCUGGUACCCAGAGUGACAAAGUUACCCUCAAGGGAGCUAAGGACUGUGUGGAGGCAGCCAAGAAACGCAUCCAAGAGAUCAUUGAGGACCUGGAAGCUCAAGUGACAAUCGAAUGCACCAUCCCGCAAAAGUUCCACCGCUCCAUCAUGGGCCCCAAGGGAUCCCGAAUCCAGCAGAUCACCCGGGACUAUGGUGUCCAGAUCAAAUUCCCUGACAGGGAGGAGAAUCCAGCCCCUGUUGCAGAACCAGCUGUGCAGGAGAAUGGCGAGGAAGGUGGGGAAGGCAAGGAUGGGAAGGAUGCAGAUCCCAGCUCUCCAAAGAAGUGCGAUAUCAUCAUCAUCUCUGGCCGCAGGGAGAAGUGUGAGGCAGCAAAGGAGGCACUGCAGGCUCUGGUUCCCGUCACCAUUGAGGUGGAAGUUCCCUUUGAUCUUCACCGUUACAUCAUUGGCCAGAAAGGAACUGGGAUCCGCAAAAUGAUGGAUGAGUUUGAAGUGAACAUCCAGGUACCUGCUCCUGAACUGCAGUCAGAUAUCAUCACCAUUACUGGGCUGGCUACCAACCUGGACCGUGCCAAAGCUGGGCUGCUGGAAAGAGUGAAGGAGCUACAAGCUGAACAAGAGGAUCGGGCCUUGCGAAGCUUCAAGCUGACAGUCACUGUGGAUCCCAAGUAUCACCCUAAAAUCAUUGGACGGAAGGGAGCAGUGAUCACGCAGAUACGCACAGAGCAUGAGGUCAACAUCCAGUUCCCCGACAAGGAUGAUGAAAGCCAGGCCCAGGACCAGAUCACCAUCACUGGCUAUGAGAAGAAUGCUGAGGCGGCCCGGGAUGCCAUCAUGAAGAUCGUCAGUGAGCUGGAGCAGAUGGUCUCUGAGGAUGUGACUCUGGACCAUCGUGUUCAUGCACGCAUCAUUGGUGCACGUGGUAAAGCCAUCCGCAAAAUCAUGGAUGAGUUCAAGGUGGAUAUUCGCUUUCCCCAGAGUGGAGCUCCUGACCCCAAUUGUGUGACUGUGACAGGACUCCCUGAGAAUGUGGAAGAAGCUAUUGAUCACAUCCUGAACUUGGAGGAGGAAUAUCUUGCAGAUGUGGUGGACAACGAGGCAAUGCAGGUGUAUAUGAAGCCCUCUUCACAUGAAGAGUCCAAGGCCCCAUCCAAGGGCUUUGUGGUGAGAGAUGCCCCUUGGGCCACUGUCAACAAUGAAAAGGCCCCUGAUAUGAGCAGUUCUGAAGACUUCCCCAGCUUUGGGGCUCAAGUGGCCCCCAAGACUCUUCCCUGGGGACCCAAACGAUAAUGACCUGGAAGCAGAAACUCCUCCAGCCCGCUGACCUGACACUAACCUGCCACAAAUAUUUCCUGUCUGAAAUCUGACCCAGCGGCUGGAGCACAAGUCAAUUGCCCCAAGAGGUCUCCUAAUGGUGUCUGGAGUGCUAGACCCCAUCUUGCUCCCCUCAGCUAUCACCGUGGCUAGGACCCACCCUCAUCUCUUGAUGGAUAUUAUUUUCUCCUUUGGAACAAGACUUCUCAGAUUCAAA